AUGCUAAUCGUGUUCACGAAUAGAACAAUCAGUGGCGUGGAGCACUCCAAUAGGGGGUAUGAUAUGGAAAUCAGAUAUCUUCCAGGGAGUGUUUGGAGGUUCUAAAUUUAAGUUACAUGUGUAAUGUGUUAAAUAUUAAUAAAAUAAUUUAAAUUCAAAAAGAUGAAUGCGAUUUAGGAAAACAAAUUAUUUGUUCAGCAAAUUAAAUAGAAACAAGACGAAUUCAAAGUAAAUAUUCAACAAAUAAUAAGAAAACCCUUCAAUUUCAAAUUAAGAAAGAGCCUCCUCUUUUGCAAUAGCAUAAUUUCAAUUAACUCACAUCUCCAAACCAAAGAAGAGAACAAACUCCCAAUCAAAGAAAGGGGAAGAUUGAAAGUACUCUUUUCUGAUUAUCCUUUAGAUGAUAAUUCAUGCUCCCCCACUCUCUUUCGUACUCCACAAAUCAGCUUGCAUCAAGAGCAGAACAAAAGGCAGCAUCAAUUGAGCAACAACAGAAGUCGCAAUGAGAAUCUGUCGACCUACAAGGAGAGAAGAGAACAGAACAACGAUUCUGCCGCUAAUGAUUACUCCAGAGUAUUGGAGGAAGUGAUGAAAAAGUACAGACAACUGAAAUCAGAAUUGCUGACCAAAGACAAGGAAGUCUAGAAGACCAGGUUUUACUAGGAGGAAUGGCUGAAAGAGAAGGUUUAGACAUAUUAUGUAUAACUAAAUAGAAGCGCAACGAAUAGUUGUAAGAGAGGAACAGGAUACUUAAAACCAAAAUGCUCAAAAUCAUCGAAUUAGUUUAAUAAGACCAACUGAAAUAGAAUGAUGAUUCGGAGGUAGUAUCAUUCUAAUAACAUUUUAGUCACUAGGGUAUAAUAGCUAGUCUCUCAACAGAAAAUAAGUAUUUACGUCAGAUGUUGCACCUACAUGAUGUAACUGAUAUCUCCAGUCAGUUGGAGCAACUAGAAGGCGAACAAGAUUAGGAAGUAGUCUACAUCGACAAUAUCUUGAAUACCUUCCUUGGUGAUUUGAAGACCAUUUAAAAGAAUAAAAGAGAAAAGAAGGACAAUUAAUAAUUAGGUACAUGUAAUGUGAAUAUUCAAGGUCAAUUCAAUUCAUUGUCACUAACAGUUUUGAACAAAGAAUCAAGCUUUGUUGAUUUGUCAGAGGACAAACUUCUAAUGGAAUAAUAAUGA